AUGCUCUUUCGACCGCGACUAGCAAGUGCUACUCUUCGCUGCUUCACUACAUCAGCUACAGCCCAGGCUCAUGUCUCUCACAUAGGCGGAAAGCCUAUUCAAGUUCCCCAAAAUGUCACCUUCUCACCCACCUCGACCGAAUUACAAGUGGAAGGUCCACUCGGAACAACUUCAGUUCCUCUUCACCCAUUCGUUAAAAUCGAUUUUCCCCAGCCUAAUGUCCUAACGGUGGCCGUAGAAGAUUCAGAUAUUAAAGUGCAGAGGCAGAUGUGGGGAACGACGCGAACGUUGAUAUUCAAUGCUAUUACGGGCAUGACAGAGGGUUUCACUGUUCCUCUUUACUUGGUGGGAGUUGGGUACCGUGCAGCAUUGGAGGAAGACCCAAGGGGUACUUCCGAUGGCGGAAAUGGGAAAAGGCUUCAUCUAAGGCUUGGUUAUUCGCAUUCGAUUUUCGUACCCAUACCUCCUCACAUCAAAGCUGAAGUCCCGACGCCGACAAAAAUUGCUCUCUCGUGCACGGACAAACAUCUUUUAGGUUUGUUCGCCGCAAAGAUUCGUGGCUAUCGAAAACCCGAACCGUAUAAGGGCAAGGGUAUAUUCGUUGGCGACGAAAAAAUCAGGAUAAAGAGCGUGAAAAAGAAGUGAUAGACGGAUUUGGAACCCUCGAACUUCAGAAGGGCAAGAAUUAGUUCAAGGAACGAGUGACAUACGCUAUUGGAUACAGAACCACAGGGAAGUACAACAGGGAGAA